CUUAUCCUUGGAGUUGUGCUUUCUCAUUUGCCAUUGUUUUCUUGUUUGCUGUUGUGAUUUGUCCUUGUGUUUUCUUAAGUGCUGCAGCAUUUUCUACUCGUGCCGUUAUGUUGUUCCUAUUUGCUGUAGCAUUUUCACAUAUUUGCCAUUGGGUUUUCCCAACACUUAUCUUCUUUGCUGUUGUGUUUUCUUAUACUUGCCAUUGCAUUUUAUUUGCCUUAGUGUAGUGAUAUGCACUUCAGGGCCACUCUAGUGAGCAACACAGGGACAUCACAGGCUUUUUUAGGAAAGUCCCAGUAUAAUAAAUACAUCUACCAGAACGAUUAAAUGAGUUUAAAUUCAGUAUCACUUGUAAAUCCCUGCAGGACUGCUGUAUGAAUAAUCCUCAUAUUAGAACAGUGGAUUAUUCAACAUUAACUGUUCAUACAGUGGUCUACAUAGAAACGGGGCACUGGGGCUUUAAAUGGCUCCUUGAACCCUCGGGCACCCAGUUAAUAAACACCCACGUCAGCACAGAGCUCCAUUCGCUCUAACCGGGUUUCGGUCUUUAGGGCUGAGCAGGAAGUGGCUGACUGGACCCUGGACGAGAAAAAAAAAAGAGGAGCAGGGAAACGAAAGGCAGAGGGAAUACAUUUUAAAAACCAUGGAUAUGGUGGCAGACUUGGGGGCGAGUAGACUCUAUCGGGCGCCGGGUGAAUCGAGUCACCAAAUCAAGAUGGACGUGUCUCAGUUUCAGCAGCCUCAGAGGUGGUUCAACACCGCCGACAUCACAGUGGCUCACCAAAGCAACCUGCUGAAGCAGCUCAACCAGCAGCGGCGUCAGGAGCUGUUCUGCGACUGCAGUGUGCUGGUGGAGGGCCAGCUCUUCAGGGCCCACCGCAACGUCUUGUUCGCCAGCAGCGGCUACUUCCGCAUGUUGCUGUCCCAGGGGCCCGACGGGCUGUCGGACUCCGUCAUCAGUGCCACCUUCGACGUCUUCAGCCCCGAGACCUUCACUGUAAUCCUAGAUUUCAUCUACUCCGGCCAGCUGGAUCUCUCUAGUCACAACGUAAUCGAGGUGAUGUCUGCAGCCAGCUACUUGCAGAUGAACAAUGUCAUCAGCUACUGCAAGAACUUCAUCAAGUCCUCCCUGGACAUCAGUAUGAAAGAUGAAGACAGUGACCGCUGCCUCAGCUUGUCUGAGACUUGCAGCUUUACCAGUGGGGGAGGAGAAGAGACCACAGAGCAGCAGCAGCAGGGCCCCUGUUCGGUCAGUCCACCACCUGCACUUUGGACCAGGGACAAUUCCAGAUCCCAGUCCAGCUUCAUUGGGAAAGAUCCAGACCUGGAAUCUUCAGCCUCAGCUAUAAAGACAAACCCAAGCAGCCCUGCUAAUGAGCUCAGUGCAGAGGCUGAGGAUCUGCAGGACCCUCAGGACCCUCUGUACACACUACCCGGAUCAGAGCGCCGGCGAGGGAAAGGAGGGACGAAGAGGAGGGCGCCCAACAGCAACCGCUCACAUCAACACGAAGAUUUGGACCUUCAGGAGGCGAGGACAAAAAAGGCUGAAAAGGCAGAGGAGCUGUACGCAACUCUACCACAGAUUGUCGGUGUUAUUGGACACUUUAACAAAGACUCCAACCCCAUCAUGCGCUUCAAAUGCCCCUUUUGCACCCACACUGUGAAGAGGAAGGCUGACCUGAAGCGUCACUUGCGUUGUCACACUGGGGAGAGGCCGUACCCCUGCCAGGCCUGCAACAAACGCUUCACCCGCCUUGAGCACCUCCGCAGCCAUUUCGAGACGAUCCAUCAAGCCAGGAAGCUGGUGUGCAGGAAAUGCAAGUGUCAGGUGACAGAGGAGACGGGGCAUGUGGUGUGCGAGGGCACGAGGCGCUACCGCAUGUGCACUGCGUGCAUCGAGGAAGUGGGCUGUGACAACAUCCCCAUGGACGGUCUGGAGGAGGCCAACGACGAGCCGGCCCUGCUGCUGGGCGUGGACGGGGAGGAGGAGGGGGACACCAAGCGGAGCUGGAUGGUAACCGACGACGACGACCUGGCUGAGGACUCGGGUGCCGACCUCAUUAUUCAGCAAGUGGACGACAGUGAUGAGGAGCUGCAGUGAAAUUGGACCAAAGUGUGUGUGUGUUCGUGUGUGUGUAUGAAAUCCAUGCAAUAGAAUUUAUGCAUAAAACAACUGAUCCACUAAUGUAAAUACACACAUUUAUGAUUUAUUAGUUGUCUAUAAGUUGAAUACAUAGACGGUAUAUAAAGAUGGAUGAGACGACGGCUCUCCAAAAGUGAAGCCAAAGCGUUUUGAUUGCCUCCUGGUGGCUGGCUGCAGUAUAGGUCAAAAAUCCCUCCUGUUAAUGAAGGGGAACAGAAACACAAAAAAGUUUUUCAAAAAGAUGGUUUCUGACAUUUUAGUUAGUUGUUAUAAUACUGAUAAUUAAAACCAGCUAAGACUGACUUGUGAUUGGUCAAGCACAUGUUUUGGAGAAACCGUGGAUCAUUCCCUCGGUUGCAGCUGCGCGGAUUCCAAAUGCGCAAAAGAUGGCAGCGCUCGUUUCCAGAAUAUUUUGGCUUUGAUUCUGGAUAGACUGAGGAAGUAUAGACACGUCUUACAUCUUUAUUUAUAGCCUAUGGUUGAAUGCAUCUGGUCAAUCGUUACUUUGAAUGGGAUUGUCGACCCUUGUGACAAAAUGGAAUGCUUUUCGUGAAGCUUCAUAAAGAUAUGCACUAUCCAAAGCAUGCAUAUUGAGUGUGUCCUCUGCGUCAGUUAUAUUUGUAUGAUAACUUUCAAAGACAAGUUUCUUUUUUCAAAUGCAUGGAAGAACAAACACGUUUGUACUUUUCUGGGACUAAACUUUGAUAUCUGGCGUUUAAGCGAAACAAAGUGACUGAACAGUGACUCUAUUAUUUCUCUACUGCCUGUGGGGGAAGUUGACUUUUUUCUUCUCCGUGUCUCUUGAUUGCAGUGCUUUUUAUGGUUAUGUUUGAUUAUAAUAUACACUAUGAUAUAACGCCAAUUAUAAUUUAUUUGUUUUUGUUUUUUUUUACUU